CCGAGGCCGCAGCGGAGAGUGCGGGCGCGGCUGCCCAGGCCCACCGCUCCGCGGCCGGCAGAGCUGAGGGCGGGCCGGGCGCUCCACGGGCUGCCCCUCCUCCGGCGCCACAGCUGUUUCCUGCUCGGCCGGCGGCGAGCCGGGCUCUCGUGGAGGAGGUUGCAGUACGUACAGAGCUGUUGCUGUACAGUUGGGACAGAAGAAAUUGUCACCUCACAUUCUUGUUCAUCACCAUAUGGUGUCCACCAUGAUACAGACAGCUCCAGGGAAAGCAGGAGCAUUGCUCACUUUAUUCCCCUGUCCUUGGGGUGAGAGAGGGAGCAUCAACUGAAGUACAGAAUCUAAGACUUCGGAUGAGUAUUUGGGGAGACCACAAAGACACAAGGAAAGCAGCCACUGAACUGCAAUAGAACAAAAAAGUUACACAGCAAAGAGCCGUCAUACUGGAGAGCUUCGUGUGAGACAUUCACUGAAUUUAGCCCAGAGAGGAGAUGUAAAUCGAUUUCAGCACAUUGGGUUAGUCCGAGGACAUGCCAAGGGGGUGAAGGACAAACACAAACCAGUGUCUGAGAGGAGGGAGUGAAUCCUGCAGCACUUCGGACUGCUCAGGGCUGUCACUCUGAGUGGAAAGCUGCUCACGUUUUGUUAGAAAGGGUUUGGACUCGCCGAGAUGCCCAUCCGUGUUGAUGAUGUGAUGCAGCUGCUCGUCCGUAUCGCCAGUGUGAAGGGCAUGAAAGCUGCUGUCGCACAUUCUGGGCGGGGAGCACUGCUGACGGGCGCAUCAGCCUUUGUGGGGGGGCUCCUGGCAGGCCCACCUGGAAUCGCUGCAGGAGGAGUAGUGGGUGGACUUCUUGGAUGGAUAACGUCUGGAGACUUCAAGCCAGUCCCUCAGAUUUUAAUGGAAUUGCCUGCUUCUGAGCGGCAGAAACUCUGUGAUGAAGCCAUGGCUGUUAUCAAGAACUUACGCUGGACUGAUGCUGCUCAGCUGAUUGCUCUUGUAAUGGCAAAUCCUGCUCUCAAGGAGAUGGUGGUAGGAGUGCUGACCAAUUACCUUUCCAGGGAGCUAAAAGCACAAGUAAAGUAUGGAGAAUAAUCCUCUCCAGAGCAGGCUUUUUACGCUGGAAUGAAUUUUACUCCGAUAGUUGUUAAUCUUCAAUGCAACAAUUAUUAGUUAUCAGUACUUAUCAUAAAUAUAGGCUGAUCUAAGUAUUUUUUGGGUUUUGGUGUUUGGGAUUUUUAAAAUUUUUAUUACAAUUUUUGCUUUGUGUGGAUUUGUAAGGAUAGUAUUAGAUUACUGCAUUAUCCUGACACUGACUUGCUAUGUAAUUUUGGAUUGCUCUGCACUGGCACUAAUUCAAAUCGCUGAAGGGAAUUAUGUCACUUGUGAAUAUUUUCAAAGUCAUUUUGUUUUAUGUGGGAGACUUAAUUCUGUUUGUUUAAGUGCUUUAAUUUUUUUUCCCUAUGAAUUACAUGUAAGGUGCCAAAGUAGCUGUGGCACUUUGAAGAAUUUUACCUAUUGUCUGUUUCAGCUCUGCGAAGGAAAGUUUUAUAGGAAAGUACAUUGCUCUACUGUGAACUCAAAGGACUCAGUCCUCACUUUAUUGUUUAGCACAUUUUUAUUGUAAUUCUUGAGUUGUCUUUUUAUGUAAGAAGUGAAGCAAAUGCCUAAACAAGAUUUCAAGUAAAAGGAAAACAAACUGUGAACAAUUUCAAUUCAGUUUUCACCAAGUUCCUGUGCCCUAGAAUGGGAGGGUGUGGCAAGAAUACUCUUUUGAAAAAUGAGGAGCUAAAUCUGCCAGUUUUAUAUUAGCCCCAGGAUUAUGGUUGUCAUUUCAGCAUUGGUUUCUUGACUGAGUCUGAACAGCUGGUCCUCAGUUUUCAUUAAAAUAUUCAUAAGAAGCA